AAAGUAUUUUCGCCGAUUUUAAUAAACAACACAACGUAGAUAAGGUAGUUGAAGAAAUUUUAACAGAUUCGAAAGACGAAGGUGAAGAGAAGGUAGUUGACGACAUUUUACAGGAAUCGAAAGAGGAAGAAAAUGGCUUUGCCUUUUGCAAAACUCAUAGUGAAAUUGAUAAGGAUGAUAAUAUAUCUAGGCGUCGUGUGUAUAUGUAUACCAAAGGACAGGUAUAUACGCCAUACAAAGAAGCACAUACAAUUGAUGAAAGAGAUAGAGGACACAAUUCAAAUGAAAUACAAAGUGAUAUUAGAUUACUUGCAUCUUGUGAAGUGAGAGCUGGCUCUAUUAUUGAGGUUUUACAACAAAAAUAUCCUAGAAAGUAUAUUCAUACUCAUAAUGUAUACAAUAUGAUACAAACGAUCCGUUAUAAGAAGCGCAUUGUGGGUGAUGCAGGUAGUACAUAUCUGGAAUUGAUUAAAAAGCAACAAGAUGAACCUGGUUACUAUGUGGAUGCAAAGUUUGAAGGG